ACAACAAAAUAAUUAAAGAAAAGACUCUAAUAUCCGAAUCAUUUAAAGUUAGUGAUGAAUUACAGUUUCAUGAUUCAUUAUCUGACGAUCAAGAACUUGAAGAACUCGAAGACAUAAAGGAAGACCAAAUUGAUGAAAAUAUUAGUUAUAUGGAACAUAAAAAAAUAGUUCAGUAUGUCGAAGAACACAAUAGAAAUUUUUUGGCAAAAGCUAUGGAAGUGGAUGGCAUCUUAGACAUGAACCGCUUACCUCUGGUACACCAACAAACCAAGUUUGGGAGAAGAACAUUAUGGCAAUUAGAUCAAUAUACCAAAAAUAUGAUUAUUGAAAAAAAUACCAUUUCUGGGUAUGUCUUCGACAAAAUUUAUUUGCGAUUCCAUCCUCACAACAAUACCUGGAUAGGUAAUCAUGUUGCAUUAGAGCCAUUUGAGGAUGGUUUCGGCAAAUGUAUUGCAAUACCGUUUGAUAUGUUUUUCAAUUCACAUGUACAUCCUGAAUUUCAAAUGCUCGAAUGGAAUACUAGUCGUCGGCAUGGUAGUCGAAAAAUCAUCCGUGACUGCGAAGAAUUCGAACUUACCAGAAAACGAAAACCUAGCUUUGACGCCAGUCAGCUUUUUGAAUCAUUAGAUCCUUUGGUUUUUAAUGAUUUUGAUGCUCACGCGUAUUAUGAUUCUAUUAAAUAUUUAUAUUGGGCGAGAACCCAGGAACAAUUUGACAAAGAGCUUAGAUUAUUUAAAAUAGCUAAAAGUCAAAAGGCUGGAUGUUCGAAUUAUAGUUCAGUUGGACACAGUUGGUGUAUACCUAACUUGAUGCAAGGUCUAUCGGAUAAAUAUGAAGUUGAAUUGGAAAUCGAUCAAUUAAUUGGUCGUAGCUUAGAUUGUUAUGAUGAUUUCUUAAAAUCUUUGAAUCAAGUCUUACCAUUAGAAGAUAACACGCAAAUCUAUUAUAGGUGUGAUUCUUAUAAUAUUCUUAUAACGGAGUUUACUAAUUUUCCCCAAGUUCCUAUUGGACGCACAAAGAGCUAG